GCCUAGAGGGAAAGCGAGAGGGAGACGGACGUUGAGAGAACGAGGAGGAAGGAGAGAAAAUGGCGUCCACGGAUUAUAGUACCUACAGCCAAGCAGCAGCCCAGCAGGGCUACAGUGCUUACACAGCCCAGCCAACUCAAGGAUAUGCACAGACCACUCAGGCAUAUGGGCAACAAAGCUAUGGAACCUAUGGACAGCCUACUGAUGUCAGCUAUACCCAGGCUCAGAGUACUGCCACUUAUGGGCAGACAGCAUAUGCAACUUCUUAUGGACAGCCUCCCACUGGUUAUACUACUCCAACUGCCCCCCAGGCAUACAGCCAGCCUGUCCAGGGGUAUGGCACAGGUGCUUAUGACACCACCACUGCUACAGUCACCACCACUCAGGCCUCCUAUGCAGCUCAGUCUGCAUAUGGCACUCAGCCUGCUUACCCAACCUAUGGGCAGCAGCCGGCUGCCGCUGCACCUGCAAGCUAUUCCUCUACACAACCGACCAGUUAUGAUCAGAGCAGUUACUCUCAGCAGAACACCUAUGGGCAGCCAAGCAGCUAUGGACAACAGAGUAGCUAUGGUCAACAAAGCAGCUAUGGGCAGCAGCCUCCCACUAGUUACCCCCCCCAGACUGGAUCUUACAGCCAGGCUCCAAGUCAAUAUAGCCAACAGAGCAGCAGCUACGGGCAGCAGAGUUCAUUCCGACAGGACCACCCCAGUAGCAUGGGUGUUUAUGGGCAGGAGUCUGGAGGAUUUUCCGGACCAGGAGAAAACCGGAGCAUGAGUGGCCCUGAUAACCGGGGCAGGGGAAGAGGGGGAUUUGAUCGUGGAGGCAUGAGCAGAGGUGGGCGGGGAGGAGGACGCGGUGGAAUGGGCAGCGCUGGAGAGCGAGGUGGCUUCAAUAAGCCUGGUGGACCCAUGGAUGAAGGACCAGAUCUUGAUCUAGGCCCUCCUAUAGAUCCUGAUGAAGACUCUGACAACAGUGCAAUUUAUGUGCAAGGAUUAAAUGACAACGUGACUCUUGAUGAUCUAGCAGACUUCUUUAAACAGUGUGGGAUUGUUAAGAUGAACAAGAGAACUGGACAACCCAUGAUCCACAUCUACCUGGACAAGGAAACAGGGAAGCCCAAAGGUGAUGCUACAGUAUCCUAUGAAGACCCGCCGACUGCCAAGGCUGCCGUGGAGUGGUUUGAUGGCAAAGAUUUCCAAGGGAGCAAACUUAAAGUCUCUCUUGCCCGGAAGAAGCCUCCAGUGAACAGCAUGAGGGGUGGCAUGCCGCCCCGCGAGGGCAGAGGGAUGCCACCACCACUGCGUGGAGGUCCAGGUGGCCCAGGAGGUCCAGGGGGUCCCAUGGGUCGCAUGGGAGGCCGUGGAGGAGACCGAGGAGGCUUUCCCCCAAGAGGACCACGGGGUUCCCGGGGGAACCCUUCUGGAGGAGGCAAUGUCCAACACCGAGCUGGAGACUGGCAGUGUCCCAACCCGGGCUGUGGAAACCAGAACUUCGCCUGGAGAACAGAGUGCAACCAGUGCAAAGCCCCGAAACCCGAGGGCUUUCUCCCGCCGCCCUUCCCACCUCCGGGUGGUGACCGCGGCAGAGGUGGCCCCGGCGGCAUGCGGGGGGGUAGAGGUGGCCUCAUGGACCGCGGUGGCCCCGGUGGCAUGUUCAGAGGCGGCCGUGGUGGAGACAGAGGCGGCUUUCGUGGUGGCCGUGGCAUGGAUCGCGGCGGCUUUGGCGGAGGAAGACGAGGGGGGCCGGGGGGACCCCCAGGACCUUUGAUGGAACAGAUGGGAGGAAGAAGAGGCGGACGCGGAGGACCUGGAAAGAUGGAUAAAGGGGAGCACCGCCAGGAGCGCAGAGAUCGGCCCUAUUAGACACAGCCCGCAGAGCCGCAUUGACUACCAGAUUUAUUUUUUAAACCAGAAAAUGUUUUAAAUUUAUAAUUCCAUAUUUAUAAUGUUGGUCACAACAUUAUGAUUAUUCCUUGUCUGUACUUUAGUAUUUUUCACCAUUUGUGGAGAAACAUUAAAACAAGUUAAAUGGUAGUGUGCUGAGUUUUUUUUUCCCCCCCCUUCUUUUGAAGAUGGUUGUUUAAGACGUAACAAUGGGAACCCUUGUGAGCAUGCUCAGUAUCAUUGUGGAUGAACCAGAGGGCCUCUAACUGUAACAAUGUUCAUGGUUGUGAUGUUUGUUGGUUUUUUUUUUUUAAAUAAAAUUCCAAAUGUUUAUAAACAGUCA